GGCGCGGGGCCGGCCGCCGCCGCCGGGGUCGGGGUCCUGUACCCCGCCCAGCCCAGGGCCCGGUUGGAGUACGGGGAGGAGCAGAAUCCCUACGGAGCCCAAGGCCCCUACCCCGCACCAGAGAGGCCCUACGGCGCGGUGCCACCCCAGCUGCAGCCUGCUGACGGGCUGGACAGGCGAUACUCCCACAGCUUGUAUCAGGACACCGGAGCCGUCGCUGAGCACGGCUUCCCAGACCCUUAUGCAGCUGCUCAGGCUCAGCAGGCCGCGGGACAGGGGGUGCCUGCUACAGACAACAUCCAGCUCAGCCCGGGCUUCCCGGUGGGGGCCGGCCCCGGGUAUGUCACUGACCCACGACUGGGGCGAUACCCCCCGUAUGGCAACGUGCCACUGGAGCCCUACAUCCCGCCCCACAGCGUGGACUCCCAGCCCCCUUUCCGGAGCGUGGACCCCUAUGGGGCACUGCGACCCCAACCCUACCUGCCUGUGCGGAGCCCAGAAGCCCCACAAGUGAUACCUGAGAGCCAGGCCCGGAUCAGCGUGGGCAGCGUUUACAGACCCCCUCAGAACGGACGGGGCCUUCCUGACUUAGUGCCCGACCCCAACUAUGUCCAGGCCUCCACCUACGUCCAAAGAGCUCACCUCUACUCUCUCCGCUGUGCUGCUGAGGAGAAGUGCCUCGCCAGCACGGCCUACACCCCCGAGGCCACCGACUACGACGUGCGGGUGCUGCUGAGGUUUCCACAGCGGGUGAAGAACCAGGGCACAGCAGACUUCCUGCCCAACCGUCCCCGCCACAGCUGGGAGUGGCCCAGCUGCCACCAGCACUACCACAGCAUGGACGAGUUCAGUCACUACGACCUGCUGGACGCCACCAGCGGGAAGAAGGUGGCUGAGGGCCACAAGGCGAGUUUCUGCCUGGAGGACACCACCUGCGACUUCGGGAACCUGAAGCGCUACGCCUGCACCUCCCACACCCAGGGCCUGAGUCCCGGUUGCUAUGACACCUACAACGCGGACAUCGAUUGCCAGUGGAUUGACAUCACAGACGUGCAGCCUGGAAACUACAUCCUCAAGGUUCAGGUGAACCCCAAGUACCUGGUGCUGGAGUCAGACUUCACCAACAAUGCGGUGAGGUGCAAUAUUCACUAUACCGGACGCUACGUUGCCACCACAAACUGCAAAAUUGCCCAGUCGUGAGCCAUCCAGGGAGGGAUGCCUAACACCCGCCCCCACCGCUGAUCCCAAAUGCAACGCUUUCAAGAUGGCACUUGAGAUGUCAGCUUCUGGGAGGCACAGUACCGAGGGCAUCAGACGUUUCUCCAUUCCAGCAGCCCCGAGAGAAACGAUUUCUCGAUUUUAAGAACAUGAGGGAAAUAAGAGUGUUUAUUUUGAAUACUUUUAUACAUAACUUUUCUUUACUCUUUGGGGCAUUUCCCUGUUUCAAAGUGGAGUUUUCUGAGGAUUUAGGUUAAAUAAAAAAGGGAUUAUUACUGUAGCAGGCACUACCAGUAGAUUAUGCACUGUGUCAUGGGUAGCUCUCCAGUCUAACCUGUGCCCAGCUAUACAAUACAGGGCUGUGCUUUUGUGCAGGUUCGCUAGUGACACUGCAAACCAUAGCCCUCAGCCUCGCAGGAAGAGAACAGCUGCGAUUUGGAUGCAUUUUUUUAUAUUAUAAAUAAUCUGACACCAACGUGCCACAAACAGGAA